AUGACGACAGUAGUGAACAUGGUAUCUCUAAAUGAUGCAAGUCAACCAAUGUACUGCUCACCAGUCACAAGUCAGAACGCUGCAACUGACUUUACAGCACCACCAGUUGAGUUCGUGUGCACUGCGUAUGAUGAUUGGACCUGGAUUGCAUACAAUACACAAUUUGUCAGAAUUAAUAAUUCUUCGACCACGAACGGCGUUAUGCACAAAAAUGCGCAACUAGGUAGACUUAACACUGCCAACGCUCAAUUGGGUGGUCAUCUAGGACUGCAGUCGAGACGCAAGAACAACGAUAAACGCCUGCUGUAG